CUUGUGAAAAAGGUAACUCUCGGUCAUUUCAGGGUAGUGAGACGAUGGUGGUAGAGGCACAACUGACCGGGUUUUCCCACUGCUGAAGGUGUUACGUCUGGGGUACAGUGGACUGCAUAUUAUCGUUUUUGUGGAAUUCUUAUUGGUGUCUGCUAGAGGACUUCUCUGAGGCGUCCUGUUCCACAUAGUUAUCCUAACGCCCUGAAACAUCUCUGGGAACAGCGCAGCAUUAGAAACCAGUCGGACCACCACUGCUGCUCAGUUCCCUUCCCCUUCCUGAAUUCUUCAGAGAACAGUAUGGGUCUCCAGUCAGACUCAGCACUCGAAGCUAUCCUCCUCUUUCCAGUUCACCUUUUGGUAUGGCUGUACUCCGUCCUGUCUUUCCUGCCCUGGUACUUCAUCACUGGUGCCGGGGAAAGACAAGCUCAGUCUAAACGGAUAAAGGCACGCUCGGUCACAGGCCGUCCAGAGGGACCAUAUCGCUGUGUGGACCACUUCGAUGCCCUUGCUACGGAGGACUUCCCAGGCAAGGACACUCUAGAUAAGCUGUUUGACCAUGCCGUGCAGCGCUUUGGGCAAGGUCAUUGUCUCGGCACCCGUGAUAUACUGAGUGAAGAGAAUGAGGUUCAGCCUAGCGGAAAAGUAUUUAAAAAGCUGAUCCUGGGGGAGUAUAGGUGGUUCUCCUACAAUGAAAUGGACUGUGCAGUCAGCCAGUUUGGCAGCGGAUUGGCGGCUCUGGGGCAACAGCCUAAGAGCAGUAUUGCAAUAUUCUGUGAAACCAGAGCGGAGUGGAUGAUCACUGCUCAGGCAUGCUUUAGGAGGAAUUUCCCAUUGGUGACAUUCUAUGCCACUCUGGGAGACGAGGCCAUUGCAUUUGGACUGAACGAGACUGGAGUCACACAUCUUGUUACCAGUGCGGAUCUGCUUGAGAAUAAACUGAAGAAUGUGCUUCCACUGAUCCCCAAACUGAAGCAUGUGAUCUACGUGGACCAGAAGAAAGUGAACACAGAAGGCUACCCAGCAGGGUUGUCCAUCCACAGCAUGCAUGCUGUUCAAGAGCUGGGCUCGCUGCCUGAGAACAUGGGGAGGGCUAUUGUGAAGCCCCAGCCUUCGGAUCUUGCUGUGGUGAUGUACACCAGCGGCUCUACAGGCAGACCUAAAGGAGUCAUGAUUGUCCACAGUAACCUGAUUGCAGGAAUGACUGGCCAGUGUGAACGCAUCCCUGGGCUUGGGCCUGAUGAUACCUACAUAGCCUAUCUGCCCCUGGCUCAUGUUCUUGAAAUGACAGCUGAGAUCUCCUGUGUCACAUACGGUUGUCGGAUAGGCUACUCAUCCCCCCAGACACUGUCAGACCAGUCCACAAAGAUAAAGAAAGGAAGUAAAGGAGACAGCUCUGUGCUCAAACCCACCCUGAUGGCAGCUGUGCCGGAAAUUAUGGAUCGCAUCAACAGGAAUGUGAUGAGCAAAGUGCAAGAAAUGAAUUUUCUUCAGAAGAAGCUGUUUACCCUUGGCUACAAAUAUAAACUAGAUCAGAUAAAGAGAGGCUAUGACGCACCCCUAUGCAACGUCCUGUUGUUCAGGAAAGUGAAGAAACUUCUGGGAGGACGAGUGAGGAUGAUGUUGUCUGGAGGAGCUCCCCUGUCCGCAGCCACUCAGCGAUUUAUGAACGUGUGUUUCUGUUGUCCGGUGGGUCAGGGGUAUGGACUCACUGAAACAUGCGGAGCAGGCACCAUCACCGAGGUUGCGGACGUCAGCACUGGCCGUGUUGGAGCUCCUCUGCUCUGCUGUGAGAUCAAACUCAGGGACUGGGCUGAAGGUGGGUACACCAGCAAAGACCAGCCAAACCCAAGAGGCGAGAUCCUGAUCGGUGGUCCCAAUGUUACCAUGGGUUACUACAGGAACGAGAGCAAAAAUCAGGACUUUUUUGUGGAUGAAAAAGGUCAGAGAUGGUUCUGCACCGGGGAUGUAGGAGAGAUCUACCCAGAUGGAUGUCUACAAAUAGUGGAUCGCAAGAAGGAUCUGGUGAAACUGCAGGCCGGGGAGUACGUGUCGCUCGGUAAAGUGGAGUCUGCUCUGAAAAACUGCUCCCUCAUAGACAACAUCUGUGCUUACGCAAACAGUGAGCAGAACUACGUGAUCAGCUUUGUGGUUCCCAACCAGAAGAGUUUAACGGAACUGGCCAAACAGCGAGGCAUCGUGGCAGCAUGGGAGGAGAUCUGUACUCACCCCGACAUGGAAAGGGAAGUCCUGAAGGAGAUCAAGGAGGUCGCUGUUAACAUUAAACUGCAACGGUUUGAGAUUCCUGUGAAGGUGCACCUGAGCCCGGAGCCGUGGACCCCAGAGACGGGUCUUGUCACAGACGCAUUCAAGCUGAAGAGGAAGGAGCUGAAGAACCACUAUCUCCAUCACAUAGAGAGGAUGUACGGCGGCAAAUAACCCCCAUCAAUGUCAGCCAUGAUUCUGUUACCAUGAAACCACUGUUUUGGUCUGUAAAUAAUCCUCUGGUACCUUGUUGGAUUUUUUUUGUCACAUGCUGCUUAGUUUUUUGUUGUUGUGUGGUUUUGAUUGUCAAAGAGCCCAUGAAAGAGGGUUUAAGACCAUUUCAGCACUCAACUGCCAUCCACUUGAAUUCCCUAGCACUUAGUUUGAAGCUAAAUGACCACUGUCAUCUUGAUGUUGAUGAUGCUUUGUUGUUACGUCCAUGGAAAGCGUUAAGUGUACUCUUCAAGGAGGCUUGUAAAUGUUUUUGUAAAGAUGGAGUCCUGAUGUUACUGUGCCUUCAGUCUGCUGUACUUGCGUAGUCAAGCAGAUUAGCGGCAUCUAGAUUAAAAACAAAUAGUUUGUGCUUUUGUUACAAGAAUGGCUUCACUGUCAAGUUUACCCACCAAGAAACACUGACAUGGAUCAAGACAGAAAAAACAAUACUCAUGAUUAUGUCUGCUUAUCCACUUAUUACGUCUGUUUUUCUUAUUUAUGCUUUUGUUAUUGUCAAUUUAUUGAGAAAAUAAGACCAAAAUGUGCAAACACAAAACUCAGGAAGAUAAGCAAAUGUUUUAAUAUAUGAACUUUACAAAUAGUGGGUUGCUUGUAUAGAAAGAAUUUCAAUUCAAAUGUAUGGUGGGCACCUUAUUUAUUUAAGAACAAGCAUGCUUAACUCCUAAAAGGCUUAUUGGCAUACGCUAGUCACAACUGGCACACUGUAAUAUUGUUUUACCUCAGUUAACAGGUCAAUGUACAAAUUUGGUAUACGGUUAUCUGAAGCGAAGUCUGUUCAUUUUAAUAUUAAAGUGUUUUCUAUGUUCUUUUGAGGUGUUGUCUAAUAGAUUUGUAUCAUUAAAACCAGGGAAGCAGACAUUGAGUCACUUAACGGUUUGUUUGGUGAUCCUGUUUGUAUUUAUUAUUCCACCAUUAUGAUCACAUGCCUUGUUCAACAGUUUAGGAAUAAAAGUCUUUUCAUAUUCA